UGACUGGCUGGCAGUGCGUACUCGGUCUUGGUCUUCGCGCGACGUUUUAAAAAAUAAAACACCGCGUUCCUUUUUCGAAUCGCUGUCAAUUCGCGCGCCGUUUUUCGUCAAUAUUUUUUCACAUCGACAUUUUUGUUGUAAAAAUUUAUUUUAAUUUUAUUGUGUGUUUCUUGUAUAAAAUUUUGUUUUAACGUGUUAAUUUAAAUAGAUUUUUGGUGUGAGUGUGUUAUACGAAAGUAAAAGGAGGUGAAACGUUGUUGCUUUUUCGAACAGAAAAAAUGUGUUGCUAAACGAGAGCCGAAGACAAUUUUUCCAAGAUGGCCGUGUGCUCGGCCGCUGUGAUCGUGGAGAAGGCCAACAAAUAUUAUGGCAGGCCUGACAAGCCAGACUUCAAGCCUGUCCUUAAGGACAUGGAUAUGGUCGUCGAUAGGGGAAUCAUAUACGGUCUUCUCGGGCCCUCAGGGUGUGGGAAAACCACACUACUGUCCUGUAUAGUGGGAAGGAGAAAGCUGGACAGCGGGAAUGUCUGGGUGCUAGGUGGAAGACCUGGUGAGAAGGGCAGCGGUGUACCUGGACCUAGGGUUGGGUAUAUGCCUCAGGACAUAGCACUAGUCGGCGAGUUCACAGUCCGAGACGCCAUCUACUACUUCGGUCGCAUUUAUGGAAUGAAAAUGGAAAAGAUGAUGGAACGGUUCGAUUUCCUAUCCAACCUGCUGGACCUGCCCAGUGGAGGAAGGCUAAUAAAGACCUUAUCUGGAGGGCAACAGAGACGCGUCUCCCUUGCUGCUGCCCUGGUGCAUGAACCUGAACUCCUUAUUUUGGAUGAACCGACUGUAGGAUUGGACCCUGUGCUUCGAGAACGGAUAUGGGACUUCCUAGCAGAGCAAGCUCGACGAGGAACCACCGUUAUCAUCACGACACAUUACAUAGACGAAACGAAACAAGCACACAAGAUCGGUCUCCUCCGAGAUGGUCAACUAUUAGCGGAGGACUCCCCCGAGGAUCUAUUGAGGAAGUUCGACUGCGACACUCUUGAAGAGGCGUUCUUGAAACUGGCGAUGAGGCAACACGAGAUGCCAAGGAGACGGUCCACUCUAACAGCAUCCCCGGACGUGAUCCCGGACAGCGGCAUGUGUACGGGAGUGGACAGUCGGUACCACUCACGAGACGACUUCCCCACCAUUACCAGCAGCACAGAUGUGUUAACUAAGAAAGACAAACAAAAGGGCAACAAGAAGUUGACAAAGUCCCGGUAUAAAGCAGUAUUCAUCAAGAGUAUACAGCAGUUCGCCAGGCAUCCUGGUGGUCUAAUAUUCUCCAUCCUGUUCCCCAUCAUCCAAGUGGUUGCAUUCUUCGCGGCCGUGGGCCACGACCCGCGGGAUCUACAGAUUGGAGUUGUCAACGAUGAAGCAGCUUUCUCACCAUUUGGCUUGAAGAUCUGCAGUAACACGAGUCUAGUGACGACAGUACUACAGGAGGACGAGACCUGCGACCUGUACAUGCUGAGCUGCUGGUUCUUAGAGGAAAUGGAGAAAAAGAUGCUGUUCCCUACUGUAUUCAACUCCACGGAAGAAGCUCGCAAUGCAGUAGCGACGGGCAAGUUGUACGGAGCGCUACACUUCUCGAGGAACUUCAGUUCAGCGCUCGGCAAGCGAGUGGCCGAUGGAGAGGUCGAUGAUGAUAUCGUGGAAGACAGCAGUGUCAGCGUCUGGCUGGAUAUGACGAACCAUCAGAUCUCCAACUUCAUGAAGACUCAGCUCCACAAAGCGUACGAGAGCUUCACGCGACGCGCCAUGAUAGCGUGCGGCAGACCUGACAAUUUAGUCCAGAUACCAGUGCACUUCGAGAAGCCAGUGUACGGUAAGAGUGAACCUCAAGUGGUCAGCUUCAUGGCGCCAGGAAUCCUCAUCACCAUCAUUUACUUCUUGUCUGCUAUCGUGACGUCGACGUUGAUGAUCACGGACCGGCUGGAGGGAGUGUGGGAGAGGAGUGCAGUGGCCGGAGUGAAGCCUAAGGAGAUGUUGAACGUGCACAUCACGCUACAGUCUGUUGUCAUUUUAUUACAGACAAUAGAAAUGAUGGCCCUAGCAUUCAUCGGUUACGGGAUCCCUUCAGUGGGUUCAAAGCUGGUCUGUGGCCUACUGCUGUUCCUGCAAGGUAUCUGCGGCAUGUGCUACGGGUUCCUACUGUCCGUCUACUGCAAUAGCCACACCAUGUCUUUCUUCGUGGCUACCGGGAGCUUCUAUCCCAUGAUUCUGUUGUGUGGUAUCCUAUGGCCUCUAGAAGGAAUGUCAUACACACUACGUAUAAUCUCCCUCACCCUCCCGUUCACGAUCCCAUCGAUAUCUCUCAGAGAUAUCAUGGAGAAAGGAGCCACCAUCAUGGACAAAUCAGUCAUCUACGGCUUCCUAACCACCAUCGCCUGGAUAGUCAUCACCCUAGCUUUAAUUUACUUAAGGUUACGUUUCAAGAAGACGUAGUGGUUUUUUUUAAUUGCAUUUUAGACUUUAGUGGAUAAAAAGACCUUGUAUUGUUGCCUAAAAUGUUUAUGGUAUUUUGAAUUGCCUGUGUAAAAAAUUGCUGAUUCGUUAUUCGUGUUGGUAACACUAAUUUAACGAGUGGUUAGUGAUUGCCAAUUUUUUUAUUGUAAUGUAAGUUAUGCUUAUGACCUUGCUCAAAUAGAGUGCAAUUGUCGUAUUUGAAGGGAAUACUGUUAAAAAACUGAACACAAGGAAUAGCAACAUAUCAGUUGAUUACUAUUAUAAAAACAUAUCUAAAAUAUUAAACUGAACAUGCAUUACGUUGGUCUAGAAUGGUCGAUUCACAUCCACAUUAACGAUUUUUGACUGAUUUAUCAAUAAUUUUGGUAGAUUUUGUAAUUACCAUUGGCGCCGCCACAAAACAUGCCUAUCAAGAGCAUAGUAUAGUUUUCAAAAUGCUUACAAAUUGUGGGCCCCCAAGCCAGCCUUGAGAUAACCAUUCCUAUCUUGACAAUAUAUUCAAGCGGUUCAGAACAAGUUGAGUUCCUCAUAAGCUAAAAUACUAGGAAGGAAGGCCCAUCCAACCUAAGACGCGCAAGUCCAAACUAGAAAAUAAGCGCCCUCUUUACCUGUUGCCAGCGCCAAUGAUGAUCAAUAAAUCAAUCUAUUGGAAUUUGUAGAAACUUCAGUCAUCAAUGCUAGUUGCUAGCCAUCAUGUUUUUACCCAACUGUGGAAUUGACCAAUAAGUAGUUGCAAGACCUAAAAAUUAAUUAUAUCAUCGGUUAAGUGGUAUAUAAAGUAGUUUAGUUAAAUUACGGGAUCUUUCACAAUACCAAAAUUUAGUGAAAAUAGACUCAUUUGGUUUUUUAUUGUGGAAGGACCGAUCGGGUAGCGUGUAAAUAGCUGUUAAUUAUACAUUAUGACUCUCUGGGUGUUAAGUAUAUUGUGAUAAAUAUGUACUAAAAUAUUCUAUGACUAGCAGUAUAUUACUGCUAGAAGGGAACUCAUGACAUAUGAUUAGGAAAACUGGAACCUAAGUGUUUAAAGUGCUCAAAAAAGUAUGUAAUUUAGGAAAUUGUGUAAGAAUUAUACUAGAAUUUUAAUAAUUCAAUAUAGUCAAAACAUAGGAUACUGAAAUUUGUACUAUGUAUUGUCAAUAUUUUUUGAAAAUUACAUUUUGUGUAUACAAUGAUGCAGUAAGUACUGUAACAAAAUGUUUAUUGUUUACUUCGUGGCAAUUGGAUAUUGUCUGGCACUUUUCAGUGUUUAAUGGUCGCAUUUUUAUUGUAGUUUAUGUGUAAAUUAGAAUAUUUUGUUUAUCUUCUCGUAGAGAGAAUUGCCGAUGUGGUGACGUGAUACCAUGUGAUUUGGGAAAACUAUUUAUGAAAUAAAGUUUUUUUAAUAAAAAUG